GCUUUCUCGUUCGUCAUUUGUGUGCCUUGGGUGCAGACUUCUCCCCGCUUUGAAUCGCACUGAAGACAGAAAGGGAAAGAGGCAGCAGCCCCGUAGUGGGUGUAGCAGAGUUAGGAGCUUCGUGAUUUCUCUUCCCGGAAAAGCGCCAUCGGGGUGAGAGACGGAGAUUGAAGGAGGCGGUGGAUGGAAGGUGAGGAUGCCAUGAGGAAAGCCGGUGUGGCCCACAGCAAAUCUAGCAAGGAUAUGGAGAGCCACGUGUUCCUGAAGGCCAAGACUCGGGAUGAAUACCUUUCUCUCGUGGCCAGGCUCAUCAUCCACUUCCGAGACAUUCAUAACAAGAAAUCUCAAGCUUCUGUCAGUGAUCCUAUGAAUGCGCUCCAGAGCCUGACUGGCGGACCUGCCGCGGGAGCAGCUGGAAUUGGCAUGCCUCCUCGGGGCCCAGGACAGUCCCUGGGCGGCAUGGGCGGCCUUGGCACCAUGGGACAACCGAUGCCCCUCUCAGGGCAGCCACCCCCUGGGACCUCAGGGAUGGCCCCUCAUGGCAUGGCUGUGGUGUCUACAGCAGCCCCACAGACCCAGCUGCAGCUCCAGCAGGCGGCGCUGCAGCAGCAGCAGCAGCAGCAACAGCAGCAGUUCCAGGCGCAGCAGGCAGCGCUGCAGCAGCAGCAGCAGCAGCAGCAGUUCCAGGCGCAGCAGAACGCCAUGCAGCAGCAGUUCCAGGCCGCGGUGCAGCAGCAGCAGCAGCAGCAGCAGCACCUGAUCAAGUUACAUCAUCAGAACCAGCAGCAGAUACAGCAGCAGCAGCAGCAGUUGCAGCGGAUGGCACAGCUGCAGCUGCAGCAGCAGCAGCAGCAGCAGCAACAGCAGGCUUUGCAGGCCCAGCCGCCCAUGCAGCAGCCGCCCAUGCAGCAGCCUCAGCCUCCCCCCUCCCAGACCCUACCCCAGCAGCUGCAGCAAAUGCAUCACCCACAGCACCACCAGCCACCGCCACAGGCCCAGCAGCCGCCAGUUGCUCAGAACCAACCGUCACAGCUCCCACCACAGUCCCAGCCCCAGCCUUUGGUGUCCCAGGCUCAAGCCCUCCCUGGACAGAUGCUGUACGCCCAGCAGCAGCUGAAAUUUGUCCGAGCCCCGAUGGUGGUGCAGCAGCCGCAGGUGCAGCCCCAGGUGCCACAGGUUCAGCCCCAGGUGCCGCAGCAGACAGCGGUGCAGACAGCUCAGGCUGCCCAGAUGGUGGCUCCUGGAGUCCAGAUGAUCACCGAAGCCUUGGCCCAAGGCGGGAUGCAUGUAAGAGCCCGGUUCCCACUCACCUCCGCAGUGUCUGCCGUCCCGGCGAGCUCCAUUCCUUUGGGCAGACAGCCCACAGCACAGGUCAGCCAGAGCAGCCUCACCAUGCUGUCCUCGCCGUCGCCCGGCCAGCAGGUGCAGACUCCGCAGUCCAUGCCCCCUCCCCCCCAGCCGUCCCCGCAGCCUGGCCAGCCCAGCUCGCAGCCCAGCUCCAACGUCAGCUCUGGCCCAGCACCGUCCCCCAGCAGCUUCCUGCCCAGCCCCUCCCCGCAGCCCUCCCAGAGCCCCGUGACAGCACGGACCCCGCAGAACUUCAGCGUCCCCUCGCCUGGACCUUUGAACACCCCUGUGAACCCUAGCUCCGUCAUGAGCCCCGCUGGCUCCAGCCAGGCCGAGGAGCAGCAGUACCUGGACAAGCUGAAGCAGCUGUCUAAGUACAUCGAGCCCCUGCGCCGCAUGAUCAACAAGAUCGACAAGAACGAAGACAGGAAAAAGGACCUGAGUAAGAUGAAGAGCCUUCUGGACAUUCUGACCGACCCCUCUAAGCGCUGUCCCCUCAAGACCCUGCAGAAGUGUGAGAUCGCCCUGGAGAAGCUCAAGAAUGAUAUGGCGGUGCCCACGCCCCCACCACCUCCAGUGCCACCAACCAAGCAGCAGUACCUGUGCCAACCGCUCCUGGACGCCGUCCUGGCCAACAUCCGCUCCCCCGUCUUCAAUCAUUCCCUGUACCGCACGUUCGUGCCGGCCAUGACGGCCAUCCACGGCCCACCCAUCACGGCCCCGGUGGUGUGUGCCCGGAAGCGCAGAUUUGAGGAGGAUGAGCGGCAGAGCAUCCCCAACGUGCUCCAAGGGGAGGUGGCCAGAUUAGACCCCAAGUUCUUGGUGAACUUGGACCCUUCUCACUGCAGCAACAACGGCACCGUCCACCUGAUAUGCAAGCUGGAUGACAAGGACCUGCCGAGCGUGCCACCGCUGGAGCUCAGCGUGCCUGCCGACUACCCCGCCCAGAGCCCGCUGUGGGUCGACCGGCAGUGGCAGUACGAUGCCAACCCCUUCCUGCAGUCGGUGCACCGGUGCAUGACCUCGAGGCUGCUGCAGCUCCCCGACAAGCACUCGGUCACAGCCCUGCUCAACACCUGGGCCCAGAGCGUCCACCAGGCCUGCCUGUCGGCCACCUAGCUGGGGCCGUGGACAGGCCUCCUGUCGGACGAGGUGGGCAGCGGCUCCCUGCGGGGCCCGGGUUAGGUUAGCUUUCCUGCUUCUAUCUUCCGCCUUGGGGACCUGCCACGCAUUUACCCCAGCUGUACAGUCCCGGCACGGGUGGCCGGGAGCUGGGAGCCGUCUUCUCAGAACAUCGUCCACAGGACUUGCUCCAGGAGUCAGACACUUCCCACGGCCCCCAGGCUCCGCGUCCGCUCUCAGCAGCAUGGGGGAGAGCUCAGGGCCCUGCUGAGGCGUCCUGUACACGUGUGCUGGGGGCGUGGGUGGCCUGGGAGAGCCCCUGCGCACACAGCCCUCCACACAGUGUUGGGGCACGUGGGGCACUCCGCGGGGAAGGCGCCCGCCGUGAAGGAUGAAGAGUGACCAACUGGGCACUUCCUCUGGGCCACUCGGGAGCCGGCGGCCCCUCGUGGCGAGAGCUCCCCUUUUUAUAUGUGCACUACCCCGUCAUGUGGUUCUUACAAUAAAUUUAUUAUUCCUGUGUU